AUGCCGGAGAAAUACGCCCUGCUGAGGAAAAUCCUCAACGAUAGACACGGCAUUUUGUCGAGCGACUCUUCCAAGUCGGGUGCGGAAGACUUGCUCUUCUCUUCGGGGGAGGAAUCUCUACGGGGCAAGGACUAUGGGGGGCUCUCCUCACCCUCCUGCUCCUCCAACACGGGCAGCGGCUCCUCCGCCCAUUUCACAAGCAGGGCCAAAAAGGAAAAGCAAAAACGAAGGCAAAAGGGAAGGAAACAUCCCUGCAGGCUGAGCAAACGCCUCGAAAGGACAAACCACGCAGGCUCAGACACCGACCAGAGCGAACGCGCACCGACGAGGGGGAAAAAAAAGGAUCACUGGAGGAGGGGCACUACUGCGAGGGAGGCGAAGAAGACGAGGAGGAAACGCGAGACAGCCGAUGCGCAGUGGACUUCACCCCCUCACCGAGGCAACUCUCGCCGGUGGAGUCCCAGCCCAGAGCCCCACGCCGACUGGAAACACGCCGACUGGAAAAAUCCCCUCGAGAGCAACUUCCCAUUCAGCAGCGCCUUCCUGGGAAAGGACACCCCCCCGCAGAGAGAACCAACCAGUUGCGGCGGCGACUGCUGGCAGACCUGCCUGCGGGGCCAGCCCACCGCGAACUGCAUCCUCUGUGCGGAGGACACCCAAAUGGGGAAAUUAAAAAAAAUAAUUCCCUCCAUCUUUGCAAUCAAACCCAUGUGCAUGUCCUGUUUUUUCACUUUCACUAAUUUGAUUCAUUUGCGCCCCUUCGUUUGCUUGCCCUGUUUCGGUCGUCACUUCCCCCCCGAGAGUGCAACCACCUGUGCUGCUUGUGCUUGCCCUGAGGAGGAUACUCCCAUUCCUACGCAGAGGGACCACCUAGCCCUGGCCAAGAAGGAACUGCAGAUAUUCACCUCCUUGGUUAAAUACCAACGAACACGUAACCCCCCCUCUGACUCUUUCCUUAAUUACUUUGUAAACGUCAAUUAUUGCCUCAAGCAUUUGUAUUCCUUUUUGCAUUCGCGCCAAACUUUAAUUUUCCACAGAAGGGGCAUCUUCGCGGGGUACUCCCCUCCCCUGGGGGACCUCCUCGGAGGGCUCUCCGGAGGGGCAGACGAAGGGGCAGACGGAGGGGUAAACGAAGGGGCAGACGGAGGGGCAGACGAAGGGGCAGACGGAGGGGCAGACGGAGGGGCAGACGGAGGGGCAGACGAAGGGGUAAACGAAGGGGCAGACGGAGGGGCAGACGAAGGGGCAGACGAAGGGGCAGACGGAGGGGCAACCUAUUGGCAAGCGGACCACUCAGAUGAGUACCCUUGGGGAUACUCUCACCGGGGAAGUUGCCACACUCAUCGGUGCGUCAACAAAGAAAAGGCACCACCCGUAACGGAGCUGAAAAGAGGCAAGCUAGACCGUUCGGAAGGAGACAUCCCCUCAGACCACUCCUCCUACAAUUGGGGGCCACCAGAGUUCGCCCCAGACGCUGACUUGGAGACACCAGACGUCUCGGAUUGUCCCCAGGAGGUUCGCCCUAGUGGAGGGGCACCCGGAAAGGGGAAGGAAUGGGAGGAAGUGGAGGAGGAAGAAGAGGAAGAGGAAGAGGAGCUGAAUGAGGAAGUGGAGGAAGAGGAGGAGGUGAAAGAAGUGGAAGAGGAAGAAGUGAAGGAGGAGGUGAAUGAGGAAGUGGAGGAAGAGGAGGAGGUGAAAGAAGUGGAAGAGGAAGAAGUGAAGGAGGAGGUGAAUGAGGAAGUGGAGGAAGAGGAGGAGGUGAAAGAAGAGGUGGAAGAGGAGGAAGAGAAGGAUGAAGUGACAGAAGUGAAGGAGGUGGAAGAGGAGGUGAAUGAGGAAGUGGAGGAAGAGGAGGAGGUGAAAGAGGAGGAAGAGAAGGAAGAAGUGACAGAAGUGAAGGAGGAGGAACCGAAAGAAUCACACAAAGCAGGCGAAGGGGACGAAGCAGGCCCCGCGGAAUGCCGAAAAGGCCAACGGGAGGAAGGCCAAACGGAAAAACAGGAGCAGCAUGGGGAAGAAGAGGGGCCAGCAGAGGGAACUGUGGAAAUGGUGGAGGUGGAGGAAGACACAUCCGCUGUGGAAGAAGCGAGGCAGGGGGGAGUUGAAGCGGGACCUGAGGGGGGAGAAGCAUCGGGGGGGAGGAGUCCUCCUGCAGGUGAGCCUGCCACGGGGGAGGCGCAGAAAGGUGCAGAAGUUGAAAUAACCGACGUGGGAAUGAGCGGCGUGGAAAUGAGCGGCGCACCCCCCCCGGAGGAAGCAACGACCAAAUGCACGGACAUCAUUAGGAAGGUACUUUCCAAAAACGAAGAGGAGCAAAAGCUAAACGCAGAGAAUCAAAAGGAAGAAGAAGCUGCCCGCACCUUCAGCCAGGCAAUCAUAUAUAGUCUCCUCCAACUGAGGGGUGGAAAAAUGGAAAGUAGCUUUGACCAGCUAAAACGGUACGAGAUAAAUUUGAAGGAGGCGGAUUUGAAUAAGACGGCCGCUUACCAGGAGGUGCAAACCAUCAGGAGAAGAUUCCGGUUGCACUACGGCAGCACACCCACGCAGACUGGCAUAAACGAAGGGGUCUACACGAGAGACAAGCAACUCAGGAGAGCACAGAUACUGCUCGAAAAUAAAAUUAGCGGUUUUGAAAAAUUGGCCAAUGUGAAGGAGGCCUACAGAAUAACGGACGAAGUUCGGCUGCAGUUGGAGGAGGUACUAAGCAGGGGAGGGGCAGAAGGAGACCUCCGAAAGGGGACCCCCCUUGCGAUUAAAAAUUACUUGAAAAAUGGUGGACCGGUUAGGAGAGAAGAAGACACCCAUAAUAUCUCGUCGAGGGGGAGAACAAACGGAGAGCUGCUCAACCUGCAUACCAAGUACAACCACUUCCGCAGCGACGUCCAAGCACUUAUCAAAAUGAUGACCCUUUUGCAUUCCCAAGUUAGCAAUAGGAAGGGGCCGCCAACCGAGGAGGACACGAAGGGCACCUUAAACGAAGUGAAGAUGUUUGCUUACGAUAGGGAGGUUAAAAAAAUCAUUCGAAAAUUGGGCAGCCCUGCUAAGGAGGGAGUUUCCACGCGGUCACGGAAGGGGAGGGCGACCAGCAUAAGAGGAAGCGGUAGAGGAGGAGGAAGCGGUAGAGGAGGAGGAAGCGGUAGAGGAGGAGGAAGCGGUAGAGGAGGAGGAAGCGGAAGAGGAGGAGGAAGAAGAAGCAGGGGAGCCGCCUCCCCCUCCUCCGUCUCUUCCACGGCUGCCUCUCCCCCCCCAAUGGUACUCAUUUUGGACAUCAAAAGGAAAAACCUGGAGAAGUUCCUCCUGCACAACGACCGAUUCGAGGUCAUCGACCGGCACACCGUCCUGUACCUCCGGGAGGGGUACCGCUUCGACCACAUAUUUAUAAAUUACAUUUUUUGCAAAGGACUCAUGUCCUCCGUUGUGUGCAGGUACGUCCAGCAGUUCGUGGGGCAGCACAACGUGGCGCUCUUCAACUUUUCGCUAACCUGCGCGCGGAAAAAAAAAAUGUCCUUCUUGAGUUCGUUCGCCGACCGUUUCGGAGAUGCGGCGGGGAGGGGCAGCCCAGGGGCGCGGUUAGUGGAGCGGUCAGAAGCGCGGUUAGAAGUGCGGGGAAAACUGCGCGACGCGCAGGGGGCCUGCAAACGAGGAUGGGCAAAGAAGGGGGGGGAUACGAAUGACCCGAAUGCCCACCAGCGGGGAGACGACAAAUUUAAGUGCCCCAACCACGACGUGGAGACAUGUCCAAACAAGUCGAAAAAAAAAAGGAUUAAAAAAAAAGGCACAUGUGGAGACGAUCACACAAAUGGUGCACAUGGAAAACAAAGGGGAUCUAACGCGAGGGGGAAAAGAACAAUUUUAAAUAAAAUUGUAAAUGAAUUAAAAAAGAAAACGAAUGAAACUUACGCCGACGGUACCUACAGCUUAACACUGCACAGCUAUGCACAGCGGGGGGCGGCGCGCCUGUACAACAUUGGCAGGAGUGUGUUCUCGCAAGGGGGGGAAGAGCACACGGAAGACCCCCAUACAGGAGAUGCGCACAAGGGAGACCCCCACACAGGAGAUGCACACACGGAAGACCUCUACAUGGAAGACCCACACACGGAAGACCCACACACGGAAGACCCACACACAGGAGACCUCCACACGGAAGACCCACACACAGGAGACCUCCACACGGAAGACCCACACACAGGAGACCUCCACACGGAAGACCCACACACAGAUGCACCCACACAGGGAAGGCACACACUCUCCGCGCCAUACUCCCAUUUCAUUGACUUAAAAAAAAAUACAAACAUACGGAGGCUCAUAAAUUACAAAGCGAUGAAUAAAUAUAAAAGGCACACGAUAAUCUUUCUCAUAAAAUUGGAGUUGUCACCACGGGGAGGGGGAAACGAACGUAGGGGGGACAAGCGAAGUGACCACAAAAGGAUCUUCCACUUCGCCCUCGUCGAUAUUAACAUACCCAUCUUCGACGUAAUGAAACGGAAAAAAAACAAAAUUAAUUACAUAACUGAAUUUAAAAAUAAAAAAAAUUUCGAAAAUAUUUUUGUAAAUUACAUUCAGUCCCACUUGCUUAUGAAUCCCCCUCCCAUGGCUUCGGCGUCCAACAAAAUUGUAAAAUUCCUUUUUCGAAACAACCCUCACAUGUGUUUCUUCCUCCAUAUGGACGACGACUUUCUCUUCAGCAACACCGUACCGUUUUCCUCAUGCCCGGCAAGCCUCACCGAGGGGGGGCCCCAAAGUGUUAGCCAAGAUGAGCAGCGCGCGGACGAAGAGAAAGCCAACAACCUCAUCAUUCUGCAGCUCCUGUACAUCUACUACUGGUGCACCGUGUGCGAGUGCGGCGAGCUGGAAGACGUGGGCAACUGA